GGAGGGGGGGGUGAAGAGCCCCGGCUCAGCACCUCGGAGAGCUCCCUCCCCGGCCUUGUUUUGCUCCGGAAUCGCUGCCGGGGGAGGGAGCGAAGGGGCCUGGCACCAGGCAUCGAGGCCGAGAGAUGGCAGUGAAGAGGACGAAGGGCCCCUGGGGGCAGAAGGCACAGCCGUGAUCCUGCGAGGGGAACCGGGGGACCGGGUGGGGUGGGGGGCAGCGGGUGGCGGCAGCAGUGGCCGCACAUCUGGAUGGAAACGAGCUUUGUCCAGACCACCAUGGCUCUGGGGCUGCCCUCCAAGAAAGCAUCUUCCCGCAAUGUGAUCGUGGAACGCAGGAACCUGAUCACUGUGUGCAGGUUCUCUGUGAAAACUUUGCUGGAGAAGUACACAGCAGAGCCCAUUGAUGACUCAUCAGAGGAGUUUGUUAACUUCGCAGCCAUUUUGGAGCAGAUCCUCAGCCACCGAUUUAAAGCUUGUGCCCCAGCAGGUCCAGUGAGCUGGUUCAGCUCGGAUGGGCAACGAGGCUUCUGGGAUUAUAUCCGGCUGGCGUGCAGCAAAGUGCCCAACAACUGUGUGAGCAGCAUUGAGAACAUGGAGAACAUCAGCACAGCUCGAGCCAAGGGCAGGGCAUGGAUCCGGGUGGCUCUGAUGGAAAAGCGUAUGUCAGAAUACAUCACCACAGCUCUUCGGGACAACCGAACUACCAGACGGUUCUAUGAUUCCGGAGCCAUCAUGCUGAGGGAGGAAGCCACUGUCCUCACGGGGAUGCUUAUCGGGCUCAGCGCCAUCGACUUCAGCUUCUGUUUAAAGGGCGAAGUUCUGGACGGGAAGACUCCAGUGGUCAUCGAUUACACACCCUACUUAAAAUUCACCCAGAGCUACGACUACCUGACGGAUGAGGAGGAGAGGCACAGUGCAGAAAGCAGCACCAGCGAGGACAACUCCCCUGAGCACCCCUAUCUGCCUCUGGUCACCGACGAGGACAGUUGGUACAACAAGUGGCACAAGAUGGAACAAAAGUUUCGCAUCGUCUACGCGCAGAAGGGAUACCUGGAGGAGCUGGUGCGCCUGCGCGAGUCGCAGCUGAAGGACCUGGAGGCAGAGAACCGGCGGCUGCAGCUGCAGCUGGAGGAGGCUGCGGCACAGAAUCAGCGUGAGAAACGGGAGCUGGAAGGCGUAAUCCUGGAGUUGCAGGAGCAGCUGACAGGUCUGAUCCCGGGUGACCAUGCCCCCCUGGCCCAGGGUUCCAAGGAGCUCACUACACCCCUGGUCAACCAGUGGCCCUCCCUGAGUACACUCAAUAGGGCUGAGGGUGCCAGCAACUCCAAGCUAUAUCGGAGACACAGCUUCAUGGGCACCGAGCCGCUGUCCGCUGAGGCCAGCCUGAGCUCAGACUCCCAGCGCCUGGGAGAGGGCAAACGGGACGAGGAACCCUGGGGCCCUAUCGGGAAGGACCCCACGCCUUCCAUGCUGGGCCUCUGCGGCUCCCUGGCCUCCAUUCCCAGCUGCAAGUCCCUGGCGAGCUUCAAAUCCAACGAAUGCCUGGUGAGCGACAGCCCUGAGGGCAGCCCAGCGCUUAGUCCCAGCUGAGGAGCAGCAUAGGCAAUGCCAGCCCCACCUGCCAGGGGCCGUGGACUACUGCCACCCUUGAGUCCCCCAACCCAGGCAACCCUUCAAGAAUGCCAUCCACUUUGCCUCGGGUCUCUAGGGAAAGACAACCCAAGCCUCUUUCCUGCUCCAGCUUUCUGCCAAGUAGGCAGGAGCUGCAAGGGGAGGAGGUGGGGCUAGGAGGAAGGGACACCCAGGCCACAGGUCAUCAGUCCCCUGGGGGAAGCCUCUCCACUCCGUUGGUUCUGAAACCUGCCUGGCUCCCUUUGCUCAUCUUCCACACCUGCCUCAGGAGCAGGUGGUUCAGCCCUGGCAUUCCUGCUGCCCUGCCUCUGGUCUAACUUGUGUACCCUCUGAAGUCACCCAUCCUUGGUACCUAUGUGGGGAAGAGAUUAGGCAAAUAAAAGCCAGAGGACU